UCACCUCCCUCCAAUAAAAAACCUUCAUCAGAAUUGAGAGGUAACGAGGAAGCCAUAAUUACCGCUGGUAAGCCCCCAAAGCCAUUUGGUGAUGUCCCAGAAUGUCAUACUCCUUCCCCGAAGAAAAAGAACUCCUCUGUGUUGGGAUAUAAUAGGGAAGGCGGCACAGCAUCUGCUCAACAAUGCCAAAUCUCAUUCCGGAACAACAUGGAUACAACAGAGUUGAGAGCCAAUGGGGGAAGUUACAUUGGUGCUCGAGAAUGCCGUACAUCUUACCUUAGCAACAAGGAUUCAACAGAGUUGAGGGCUAAGAGGGGAGACAGCACAGCAGCUGAUGAAACCAAAAAGUCAAAUGAUGAAAAUCAAAAAUUUAAAACAAUUCCAACUAAGACAAUAUCCGUUCAGACUAAAAAGGAAAAUGAGCAAACGAGGACCAAAAAGUUAGAUAACUCAGAUGAAAAUACCUCCCCAAUUCGAUAUCAAAAUAUUUUGGUGGUUUCCCAAACUCCCACUUCGCCAACGCCAAAUACAUCUGGAACAAUGAAAACUCCUUUAAAUAUCCCUGGUGAAAUAUCGGAAAAUAUUGACAAAUUUGUAAUGCAAACUUCCUCUGCCAACCCAGAUAUUUCCAAGACCCCUAAACAGAUGGAGAAUAUAACAAAAACUGUGAUGGAAGAACCAAUUUCACAAUCGGGAAAACUAAUGCCAAAAUUCGCAUCUAAAACAAAUGACAGUGUAAAUCACGAUAUGCCUGAGACUUCCUCCAAAAACUCAGACAUUUCUAAGGACAUGAGAAAAAUCAUGGACAAAACGACCAGCAAAGCAAAAAACUCAUCUCCACUUGGACUGAAAAAGGAAACGGCUCCAAUGACAUCAAAAUCAGAUUCUAAUACAAAAACAUUCCCAAAAUCUCCUCAUAAUUCUGCAAUUUGUUCUCCAGAGAAAAAUGCAUCCAAACCUUUAGUUUCUAUUGCCAAAAGUUCUCAAACUUUGGCCGAUAGGAAUGCAGCCAGAUCAUUUAUUAUGAGCUACAAAAUACCCAAACUUAAAAAGCCCACAGAAAAUGGAACUCAGAAAAAUGCAGCUGAAUCUCCUGGCUCGGAUAAGGCGCAUAAAAUGCAAAAUUAUUUGGCAACAUUACAAAAUAUUUUAAACAAUGAUGUGGUACCACAAACGUGGAAUGUGAUUUGUGAUAACAAAGCGAAUCCCUCGCCCCAAACAUCAAUGGAAAAUCGAUUUUCCAAUAAAGGUGAUUUAACGAUAACAAAAUCAAGAAGAAAGUCCAUGUAUGUCGAUGUUGCAGAUUCUAGGUCUCUUUUAAAACCCAGCCAUGAUGAAGUCUGUAAAAUCAGUGACCCAAUUCCUUUGGAGAAUCAAGCCGAAAAGCCUGCGAAAACCAUAAAAUCAAGAAGAAAAUCAAGAGUUAUUGAGAUUUUCGAUAGCCAACAUCCGGAAACCUCAAACUCAUCAAAUAGCAGCAUUUCGCCGAUUUGCCAAAAUGAGGAGGCUUUAGAGGAGAGGACCAAACCUAGUUGUGAAACGAAUUCCAUUAUAAAACCCAAAAACCCAAGACGAAAAUCAAUGUGUGAUUCAAGUUCCGGCAAAGAUGAAAAUCAGGAAAUUCCGACAAAAUCUUUGGCAACUCAGUGUGUUGAGAAGACCAAGGAAGUUGUUGGUACAAAAGACAGGCAAGGUAAAGAGGAUAAUGGUAUUAAAUCGGAAAAGAAAUAUCUAGUGGCAAGGCGAAAAUCUAUGUUUGCUGAGGGCAAUGAAUCAACAUCUUCCAUCUCAGAAAGUGCGACGAAUUAUGAAGAUACCACGGGAAGUCAAUAUGAUGAAAACCCCUUACAAAUCAUUGGGAAUAAAUCUUCACCAGGUAGCGAAGGGAAUGGCAUUGAAUCUGCAAAGACGUCGUUGAUAGCUCGGCGAAAAUCCAUGUUUGCUGAGGCCAAUGAAUCAAAAUCUUCCAUUUCCGAAAGUACGAAAUAUAAUGAUGAGGCAACAGCAUUGGAAUCACAAACACAAAAUCUAGACUCCACAGACAAUAAUCUGCGCUCCAAGAAACCAUUAAAACUAAGACGAAAAUCAGUGGUUGUUGAGGUACACAAUUUAGAAAAUUCUUCUUCUACUUCUUUGGAUCUCCAUAAUGAAGGAAUUCCGAACCGUGGUGAAGAUGAGUUAUCAAUGAGAUUGACAGAGGACCACAAUAAAACCCAAAAUUCCGUGGAUAAAAAACCUUUGAAAUCCAGACGAAAAUCAAUGUUUGUAGACAGGGAAGAUUUGAAAUCUUCCCAAGGGCAGCAGCUUGAAAAAGAAACAAAUAAAUCUUUUGUCGAAAAUAUGGAAAAAGGCAAGAGUGACACUAUGGAGAACAAACCUUUGGGUCAGGAAAAAGCCUACUCUAAAAGUCCGACUCUAAAAGAGAAACCCAUUGCUGUUGAAAGCCCAAGGGCCCAAGGCCAAAGUACCAUGGAAACAGCUGUUGAAACUAAAAGUGAAAAGAAACCAUUAAAAGCAAGACGUAGAUCAUUAUACACCGAAAUUCUGAGAGAGGAGGAAGAGGGUGAAACUUUGGAGUCAAAACAAGGUGGGAAAUCUUUGAUGAAAACGGAAGGAAAGGAUAAGGAGGCACCACAGAGUUUGGCAAAUGAUAAUCUUAAGGCGAAACCUCUAAAAUCAAGGCGCAAAUCAAUGUAUGCCGAGGUGGGUGAUUUCAUGGCAGAGGAAAGAACAUGUAAACCUCAAGAUAAUGAAUUGGAUGAUACAACAUCACAGGGAAAAAAUUACAAACCGGAAGCAGCUGAUAUCUUAAAAACCUCUGAAGCAAAGGGCAAGCGAAGAAAAUCGAUAUACGUAGAGGAAUCUAUAACAAAGGAAGACGCUGCUUCCAAUAAUCUUGAAAUAGAUGCUGCAUCAUCACAAUCGACACUUGACAAACCAGAAGCUGCUGGAAUUUUAAAAUCCUCCAAUGCAAAGGGCAAACGAAGAAAGUCGAUGUACGUAGAGGAACCUAUAACGAAAGAGGGUAUAGAUUCCAAUAACCUUAAAAUAGAUGCUGCAUCAUCACAAGCGACACUUGACAAACCAACAGCUGCUGAAAUCUUAAAAUCCUCUAAUACAAAGGGCAAACGUAGAAGAUCAAUGUACGUAGAGGAACCCAUAGCAAAAGGGGACACUGAUUCCAAUAACCUUGAAAAGGACAAAAAGAAAAUCACGAAAAGCCGUAGAAAAUCCAUGGUUGUUGAGAGACACGAAGUAAUGGACAAUAAUGGGCCUUUCACGUGGGACCAUAAUCAAGGUAUAGAGGAAAGUCUUUCUGAAAUAACCACUAAUGCCAUGGACAAUACAAAUUUCAUGCCAAGGGAUAGCCAAAGGCUAAAUGUUGACAUGAAGGAUACGCAAAAAAUGACAGCCAAAACCACAAAGAAAAGAAGAAAAUCAAUGGCUACUUCUAUGGGAGAAAAUAUUGGAGAAACUUCUAAACAUACCAGUUAUGAUGUUUUGUUACCAAAUCCCUCGGAAGCCAUUGGAGAAAUAACCGACAGAAAAUCCACUUUAAGGCCGCGCAGCAAGUCCAUGUAUGUUGAAACGCCCAUGGAGCCUGAACUCUUGGAUAAAACUGCUGAAGCCAUGCCGGGUGAUUGUAUUAUCUUCAACCCGAAACAUUUUAAUUCUCAGCGUCGUAUUUUAGACUCCAGCAGCGAUGAGGCUGACACCAUUGUCCACACACUGCCCCUUAAGCCGGUAAUACAAAAUGUCGAAAUAAUAACCCCCCCACCACCGGUCAAGAAAAAAUGUUUGCCACGCAAACGACGUGUUGUUAAAGUUCUUAGCUCCUCCUAUCAAGCGGAUGCCAUGGAAACCCCAUCUUCCAAAGAUCAACAAGAUUUCUCAUCUACAGAAUCGAAUGAAAUUGUAACUGAGAAAUCUUGCCUAUCCAUGUUGAAUACCCAUCCCAUUUUCAAUACUCAGGUCCAUGAUGAUGAGGCAGAGGGAAAUUUAAAUUUAAAUAAUAUGACACCAUCAUUGUUACAUGAUGAUCGUUUUAAGGAAAUCGAUUCAACCAUGCAGGACAUGUUUAAUUCGCCGCAACAUGAGCCACCAAUUGGCGAAGAUCAGCUAUUAAAUGAGACCAGCUCAAAUCUAAACGUUGAUGAGGCCACAAAUUCGAAUAAAGAAAAUACAACAAAUUCCCAGGAUGACACAACAUCGACGACGACCACAACAACAACCCAUAAUACCAGUGACAGCACCAAACAUGUCACAUUGGGUACUUCGGAAUAUCGUUUCGAAAAGGUAUCCGAUAAUGUUGUAAAUUUAUUUAUAUCGCGCAAACGCAAACGAAAACAAAAAUAACAAGAAUUCAAAUGAAUUUUUUCAAAUUGACAACAUUUCUUUUAAAUCAUUUCUAUUUUAAAGAAUGAAAAAAAAAAAAAAACAAAAGUAUUUUUUUUAUUUUAAGUUUAUUGAAAUAAGUUCGAAUCUGUAUAUAAGUUAAUACAAACAAUGUUAUUGUUGUUACUUUCGAAUAAGUUGUUUUUUCUAUCCAUUCGUUUGAUGUUUUUUUUUUAAGUAACCUAGAAAUAUACACACAGAAAUAAAUUUUGAAAUAUGUAAUUAUAAAAAAAUAAGAA